AUGAACGUGCUCUGCCAAGCGCUAUGCAUGCUGGGAAAUUCCUUGAGAUGGACUAUCCCCCGAGAAGAACCUCCUGCUUACAUUUCUGAGUGCCUGAACUGGAUUCUGCAUUUACUUCCUUCUAGAACCCAGACUGACCAGCAGAGACCCUUUGCAGAGAGGAGGGAAAUCCUGGCCAUUGAGCUUACCCACUCCAGCUCUUUCUGUGGGCAAGAUGCUGGCUUGUAUUUCAAGAGAUCAGAUAAGUCACAAGUACCAAACAUUCCAAAGAGUGAGAAGUGGCUGGGAGAAACACUUUCCAAGAAGGCACAUUCUCCCCUGGAAAUGGCUCUGGGAGUUAGGUGGAGAAGCAAUUUAACCCUCAGUUAUACAGUAUUUGCACCAGAGGUGGCGGCAUGCGCCAGGGGGUAUCACAGUCUCCCCUUGACCUUCUAA